AGAAGUCCGCAACAGCCGUUGUAAUUUGUUUAAUUUGAUUUAACUUACUUUUCCCUGACAACCAACGACCACAACAAAAACAACACAUCAACUCCCCGGAAGACAACAGUCAACGCAAAGCAGAGCAGUGUCUCUUUAACUCGACAAAAUGCCUUCGCACUACCACAACCCUUCCCAAUCCUCUUUCCGCCCCUCCAUCCUCCCCACCUCCGCCUCAGCAUCCACCAGCGCUUCAUCCACAUCUACGACCAAAUCGCGCCAAUACACCCACCUCCACUCGCAACUGGCACAGCUGAACGCGCACCUCGCGGAUACGGAGAAUCUGCUGCGAAUGACGGCUGUGCAGGCGGAGGAUAUGCGGUUCUUGGGCGGGUAUGUUGGGGGGUUGUUUAUGGGGUCUGCGAAGGUGUUGGGGGAGGAGGGGGUUGUUAAGGAGGAGAGUCAAGUAGAAGGGGAGAGGAGGAUUAAGGAGGAGUCGGAGUCGUGAUUUGGUAUGGCAUGGUGAGGAUCUUACAUGGUAAG